AUGACGUUGGUGUGGCUUAUUCUUAUCUACAGAACAGACAAGCGCUAUCUACAAAGGAUUGAUAUGGGGCUAUCGAAUCGCUACCAAAACCAGGAGAAUGUUUCGAGCGCUCGCUUGACGAUUGUCGUCGGGUCUACGCAGCUCCUUUUUUUCGCAGCUCAUUUGGCGAUAAACAUGAGCCGAAGAACUUUAUUUACUACUAUGGACACUGUGCUCUAUAGGACUCUUGAGAGCGUGGGCUAUCUUCUCACUUAUUAUUCGCUUACACUUUCUCUUGUCAUGUACAUAUAUAUUAAACGACAAAUCCGUAACAAAAUCACUUCAUUACAAGAUAGCAUCCAUCGAAACUCUUCUAAAGGAGCUGAAAGCACGAAUCUCUACUUCAGCAUGUAUGGAAAACAAUGGUGA